CACUGAGAGUGGGUUCACGGGCGAACAGAGUGUGUGCGCGUGUGUGACGGCGAUCAUCGGAAGCGGCGAGAGUGUUCACUUAAUUAAAUUAAGUCAAUCGGCCGCCGUCUCCCCGAGGGCCACUCGGAAAGCAUGAACUCGAAGCCAGCGGCGCCACCAGCGCCAGCACCAGCGACCGCCAACGGUGGUGCCCUCCAACAGCAACCGCACGUCCCGUACAAUAUCGAUUGGAUAUUUCCCCGGUUGAGGCGCCCGAAUCGGUUGUGGCACAUCGCCAGCGCUGGAGUGAUUGGUUUGGUGGGCUUUGUCUCCAAAAUCGUCAUCGUCUGGCUGAACAAGGCGCGCGUGCACAACCUCGAAGUCCUGGAGAAUGCGCUCGAGCACCGGCCCAAAGGCAAACCGCUGCUAACGAUCUCCAACCACCACUCGUGCUUCGAUGAUCCAGGCAUUUGGGGACUGCUCGACACUCAUCGGUUGCUUAAGCUGCGGAACGUUUGCAGCCGGAACGUCAUCCGAUGGUCGAUGGCGGCGCACGACAUUUGCUUCACCAACAAAACGCACUCGCUGUUCUUCAUGUACGGCAAGUGCAUUCCGGUCGUGCGCGGUGCGGGCGUGUACCAGCCGGCGAUCGAUCUGUGCAUCGAGAAGCUAAAACUGGGCGACUGGGUCCACGUGUUCCCCGAGGGGAAGGUCAAUAUGACGAAAGAGGAUCUCAGGUUCAAGUGGGGUGUCGGACGGAUCGUGUACGAAACGCCCACCUUGCCCAUUAUCAUUCCGAUUUGGCACAUCGGAAUGGACGAUGUGUUACCGAACGAACCGCCGUACUUCAUCCGGACCGGUAAGAAGCUAACGUACAACUUUGGCAAUCCGAUCGAUCUCAGUGCCCUGAUGGAACGGCUCCGAUCGGCGCCGGUCAACGAGGAGGAAGCCCGCAAAAUGAUUACGGAUGCUAUCCAGGAGGAAAUGAUGAUACUUAAACAACAGACCGAAAGGCUACAUUCGGAUUACUUAAAAAGCUGAGUGCCGGCGCUGAAGGCACACAGACCACGGCGGGGCGACCAGCCCGGAACCCACGAUUCACAACCCAAAACCACAAAGCCCCUCAGAUGAUUGCCGACUUCGUUGUUGGUGUCGGUGCGCAGGGUCGCCGGGUGUGGGUCUAUUCGGAUAGUGUCGUGCUUCCAGACCGGAGGGUGCUUGUGACCAACUCUUACCUUUAACUUACCUAUCACAACACGUUGCUUCUGCUGGCCGGCGUUCGGUGCCAGCAUACCUAGAAUUAGGAGGCCUUUUUAGGGAGCGGCGGUCCGGGGGGUCUUUUGAGCAUUGCAUUUUGUUUCCCGUCUUUCGCCGAACCGCCGAGCCCCUCCGUUGCUAAGUUGAGUGAGGUGGGUUGUACCAAAGUUCUAGUCAAUCGAACAUAGACGCUAAGCUGCACACACAAGCGCUGAACUUCCGAGGGACCAUAUUCGUCGGGAAUUGCGUCGGGCAGGGGAAAGUAGCUCUAUUAGCAGAUAAGAAAUACGGCGCGAAUGGACGUCACGUAAAUUUCGCGGCGCCCUCGCGAUAAGCAAUCAAAAAUCUUAACGACCUCUGCUUAGACCACCAAUGCAUCGGCUGCAGCGGUUGUAGCGGUUUGCGAGAGAGAGAGAUGAAAGCGUCCAGAUUGCGUACGUUCACGUGGAAGGAUUUCAUUAGUUUAUUUUUAAAUUACUAACGUUCGUGAACAUUCGACUGGGUAGAGGUUAGGCAUAGAAAGUUUGACGUUUCGGAUCGCUUCCGCUAGCCACACCGCCAGGCAGCGCAGUUAUGGGGUGGUUACACGGGAACAGAUUUAGGCUAAUUUUGACACUCGUUACAUUAAUAAACAGUCAAUUUAUGAACA